CUCAGUAUUGGGGUAACUACCUCGACAGAUACACGUGAUCCUCGUAAGGGUGCAACACCUAUCUGUUCAAUCCGGAAUGACGAUAACAGGUGAACGGUGUUAGUGUUUACGUUUAGUGCUUCCGUAAAUGACACUGCGGAUCCGUAACCACCCCGAUCUGCCACCCCCAGUGAUAGGUGUACCGAAUAGAUCUGACGACAAAACUAGAUUCUUCGAGUGCGUUGGAAAUCAGAGAAGAGUGGCGGUGGUGUUUCGACGGAUGUAUGCGAUCUGACAAAAAGAUGUCGGGACGUUUCGUUGGUGACUGUUCGGUUGAGUGACUUGUUCAAAAGUUCUUGUUUUUAUUUUUUUCGGAAACCGUGUUACGUUCAAGCGUACCGUCGUGGCUGACAUAGAAGAAUUUCGUAUGCAGCCUUCGGCUACUGCUUCCAUACCACCUUCUGGUGAGAUGGACCUCCAAUCCAUGCAGUCCAUGGACUGGCUCUUCAAGAAGGAGAGGAUUUAUCUGCUGGCACAGUUCUGGCAACAGAGGGCUACGCUGGCGGAGAAAGAAGUGACAACGUUGAAGGAACAAAUAUCGAACAACACAACGAACAACUGCGAGAGUUCCGAAGGGAACAACAUGGACAGACACAGCUUCGAAAACGAACUAAUUGCCAAAGAAAAAGAAAUCAACCACCUCUUGGAGGAGGUGCAAAGACACCAACUGACGAUAUCGAAACUGCAGGAAUCGUCGAUAGCGCAGAUAACGAGGCUCGAGGAGCAGCUCGAACAAAAAAGACAACACAUUGCCAGAUUAGAGAACAGACUAGAGUCGCAGAAGGACUACGAGGACUUGAGGAGGGAACUGAGUUUGGUCCGACCGGAAUUGGUGAAUAGUAUAGAGAAUAAGGUUAACACAGAGAAUUCGGAAAAGACAAAAUGUGAAUCACUGCCCAAAACGCCGAGUACAGAGAAUGAAGACUGUCCGGAGAAGGCCUCGACGCCCCUGGCGGCAGACUCGACGGAGAAGAGCGCGGCGUCCACGCCGCAACCGCUGGACCACCUCUCGCGACCCCACCCCUCCCCCUCGCCGAUCCUGAACGGCGGCGGCCCCAAGAGCCCGGAGGACAACAACAACCACCACGUGAGCAACAACAACAUCCCGCUGGCGACGAUGUGCGCCGUCAACAACUUCCUGCGGGGCGACGACCUGAAGAGGAACAACCCCUACGGCUACGACGACCACAGGCCGACGUUCCGGUUCGCCGAGGACCUGGGCAUGGCGCCCGGCUCCAUGGUGGGCAGGCUGGGCGAGAGCCUCAUCCCCAAGGGGGACCCGAUGGAGGCCAAGCUGCAGGAGAUGCUGCGCUACAACAUGGACAAGUACGCGUCGCACAACCUGGACACGCUGAGCAUAUCGAAGAGGGUGAGGGAGCUGCUGUCCAUCCACAACAUAGGCCAAAGACUGUUCGCCAAAUACAUACUGGGGCUGUCGCAGGGUACAGUUUCGGAGCUGCUGUCCAAGCCCAAACCCUGGGACAAGCUGACGGAGAAGGGACGGGACAGCUACAGGAAGAUGCACGCGUGGGCGUGCGACGACAACGCCAUCAUGACCUUGAAGAGCCUAAUCCCGAAGAAAGACAGUUUUUCUUCAGGAAAGGAGACAGGUAUCCCAAAUUACGGUAGGCCCGAGGGCGACCUAACCGACGAAAGACUGGCCCACAUCCUCAGCGAGGCCUCCCAGUACAACCAGCAGAUCAAGCAGAACCCCGACGACAGCCACAGCAACGACUCCAAGUCGCCGCACGGCUGCUCCAGUCCCUUCUCCAGGGACCACAGCCAGAACAGGCGCAUGAAGAAGUACGAGAACGACGACAUACCGCAGGAGAAGGUGGUUAGGAUAUACCAGGAGGAGCUGGUCAAGCUGAUGGGGAGGAGAAUGGAGGAUUUGAGGAACCCCGCCGGCAACUUCCCUGGUAUGUUUUUUCCGCAAUUCCUUAGCGGUAACCCGAUGGAGAGGACUCAGGAAGAGAUAAGACUGGCUUUGGACGCUUAUCACCGGGAGAUCGCCAAGCUGAACCAGGGUCAACCGCCACAGAUGCCCCUGGGUCUCCUAGCCCUCCAACAACAAGCUUUAGCGCAACACCAACAAGUACAAGCCAACGGCGGCGUCCAAGACCUCUCCAUCCCGAAGGACAAGAUGAAGAUGAUGAACGGGAUGGACGAGAAGGACAAGGAAGACGACAGACAUUCCGGCAGCGCGUUCAGCUUGGUCAGACCGAAGAUAGAACCGGGCACCCAGGCGAGCAGCAACAGCACCGCCAGCAGCCCCUUGGGCAACUCCAUCCUACCGCCCGCCAUGACGCCCAGCGACGAUUUCUCAACAUCCGCGGCUGCCAGUCCGUUGCAGAGGAUGGCCUCCAUCACCAACUCCCUGAUAUCGCAACCGCCCCAACAGCCUCACCCGGCAACCAACCAAAGACCGUUGAAGGCCGUGUUGCCGCCCAUCACCCAGCAACAGUUCGAUCUCUACAACAACCUCAACACCGAGGAGAUCGUGAAGAAGGUCAAAGAGCAACUGAGUCAAUACUCGAUCAGCCAGAGGCUCUUCGGAGAGUCGGUGCUUGGAUUGAGCCAAGGAUCCGUCAGCGACCUCCUGGCCCGUCCCAAACCCUGGCACAUGUUGACCCAGAAGGGCAGGGAACCCUUCAUCCGCAUGAAGAUGUUCUUGGAGGACGAGAACGCCGUCCACAAGCUAGUGGCCAGCCAAUACAAGAUCGCGCCGGAGAAACUCAUGAGAACCGGAGGUUACGGUGGAGCUUCUUUUCCAGCUUGCACAUCCAUCUCAAAACCCAUGCCCCCAACGUCCAAGAUGCUGAGCGAAGCUGCUGGACUCCUAAACAAGAUGCAAGAGACCCAAAACCUCCUGCCGCCAAGUCUACAGUUGGCGUCGCAAGUUCACACGCCGCAACCUCCACCCCCACCGAUGCUACUGACUCCACCCGGUAUGCCACCACAUCACCCCUUAAACUUACCCACUCCAGACCACCUGAAGAAGUCUACGCCAAGUCCGCACGGUAUCCCGCAUUCCCCGAUGGGACAGCAUCAACCCGCCCUGAGAAACAUGCACCAGCACAUGUCUCCCAGCGUCUACGAGAUGGCCGCCCUCACUCAGGACCUGGACACGCAAGUGAUCACCACCAAGAUCAAGGAGGCCUUGCUGGCGAACAAUAUCGGACAGAAGAUCUUCGGCGAGGCAGUCCUAGGCCUCUCCCAGGGCUCCGUCAGCGAGCUACUCUCCAAACCCAAACCCUGGCACAUGCUCAGCAUCAAGGGACGCGAGCCCUUCAUCCGGAUGCAGCUGUGGCUCAACGACGCCCACAACGUCGACCGCCUCCAGGCUCUGAAGAACGAGAGACGAGAGGCGAACAAGAGACGACGCUCCUCGGGCGCCGGGGCGCACGACAACAGCUCGGACACCUCCUCCAACGACACCUCCGAGUUCUACCACUCCAACAGCCCCGGCCCCGGACCGCCGUCCAGCAAGAAGCAGCGCGUGCUCUUCUCCGAGGAGCAGAAGGAGGCGCUCAAGAUCGCCUUCACCCUGGACCCCUACCCGAACGUGCAGACCAUAGAGUUCCUGGCCAGCGAGCUGGGGCUGUCCAGCAGGACCAUCACCAACUGGUUCCACAACCACCGGAUGCGGCUCAAGCAACAGGUGCCGCACGGCAUGUCUUCCGAUAUACCGCCCAGGGAACAGACGGGGGGCCAGGUGCCUUUCGACCCCAUCCAGUUCAGACUGCUACUAAACCAAAGAUUACUCCAGAUAUCGAAAGAGAGGAUGGGCUUGUCCGGCGUUCCCUUACCUUAUCCCCCUUACCUGGCGGCCAACACCAACCUCGCCGCCUUGAUCAGCAGAGGUCUGGACCUCUCGGCCCUCAACCACGCCGUCAAAGAACAAAUGAGCGGGCUGGACCUCUCGAUGACGUCCCUCAAACGCGAACCCAACGAUUUCGACGACGACGAAGACGUGGACAGCAACGUGGGGUCGGAGGACUCCAACAUGUCCGGCAGCAUGCAAGACGAAGGCGUCAAGGUGGAGCAGAAGGAAGAGCACGAGACCCCUGUGUCCCAAAGGGGCGGUAGGUCAUCGCGGAGGAAACCUGCGGCUCCCCAGUGGGUGAAUCCCGACUGGCAGGACGAGAAGGUCAAACCUGGGGACGAGGUCAUCAUCAACGGCGUUUGCGUCAUGCAGACUGAAGACUACGGACGGAGGAAUUCCGAGGAGACGGUCCACGUCGAACCCACCCCAGUUAUGGACCGUUUCGACGACGACAGAAGUGACGCUUCCUCGGUCAGUCAGGACAAUAACGAGGGGGAAGACAAACACCUCCAAUCCGGCCAAGAGAAAGAUCAGGAAUGUACAGACGACGCCCAAGAACACGACAAAACGGUGAAAAAAGAAGACGAAGACGAAAGGUGGGAUUAUUAACUGCGACAACAGUUUAACCCUUCUCAGCAUAGUUAAAAUUAGUGUGUAUAAACGAAGUAAGACUACCCAGUUAGCUACAACAACCAAGAUUGGAAUUGUUUUUAGAAAAGUGCAAUCGAGCAGCAGCGGCGUAGCAAAUUACAAAUCUCAAAAUUCCGCGAUUUCCUACGCCACUGUUCAGUAGACAAGUAUCGAAAAUUUUACCCCCUUCCCAGUUAUUUAUUGUGAUUUUUAAGUACUAUUUACCAAGUUUUGUUAAUUUGUAAGUUUCCCUGUUCUUUUUUGUAUUUAUGUAGUAAGUAUAUAAGACUGUUACCAUAUAUUAUUAAUUAUAUUAUUAUGACCGGUCUCGCGAGCAGUCCAGGUCAUGCAGAGCAAAAUGUUUGAAAUAUUGUGAUAUAUAAGCUUAUCGUUUUUUAUUGUUUCUUUCGAUGGCAAAAUUUUCGAAAUUGAGAUAUUCGCGCGUCUAUUCAGAGAUACAUAAUUGCCAAAUUGCAAUACGACGUCUUGUGAUUUGAAACAUUGGACGAACAAUAAGUUGAAUAGAUAUUGAAAUUUCGUACUAGAGAUCUCCAAAAAUCGUUUUGUUUUUUGUAUAUAACAAUCAUGUUUACAUAAUGUACAUUUAGGUAAAAAUGUUAGGUAUUAAAACUCGUGUUCAAAAAAAAUCGAAGAAAAAAGAAAAAUUUUCUCUAGUCUUUCCAUAGGGGCAUCAAUCAAUUCGAAUAUUCACCUGGCCAGUACAGAAAAAAACGGAGGAAAAUGUAUAUUUUGAUCACGGUUUCCAAGCAUUCACAUUUAAUUCUUGUAAGCAUCCAUCAGUAUUCCACAUCAUUAAAAUGAGACACAUCACAAAUUCGUAAUAUUAAAAAUUAUAAUUCAGAAUUACAUCCUUUAUUUCCCCUAUGAAGCUUCAAUACGAUUUUUCCGCAGUUUUCAACCUACUGGUUUAAGUGAACAUAGCUUUAAUUUAAAACUGAAAAUGUUUUAUGAAAGAGAAGCAUAUCGUUAUUUGAUAAGUGUAAAAAUGAGUAAAUUCCACCCAGAAUUUAAUAAUCAGAAUGUAUAUUCUUGCCGUUGUUUUUGAUUUCGCUCAGUUUUUUAUGAAACAGAAACGAUAAAAUAUUGUACGAAACAAAGACUAUGAGAAAUUUAGUGCAAUAUUUUGACGUAACGAAAAAUGUAUAUUUUUGGCAAUCUACAAAAAAAAAAUAUAAUUCUUCCAUGAUGAAUGUAAUGAAACAUUGUGAGAGAAGUUGAAGAGGCAUUAGCUCUAUUAAAAAGGGCAAAAUAUGUAUAUUGUGCACAUUUUUAAAUAACCACAAGUAAGUAGAGAGUACAAUUAGAAAAUUCUUUGCCGUAGUGAAAGAUAUUCAUGUUUUUUUCGAUUUUCCGUUAUUUGGAUAAACUUUCUAUGUAUUGGGAUAAUACGUAAAUUUAGUUUAGAUAUUUAAAUACAUUGAUACAUUGAAAGUUUAUUUAUUUUAUUAUAUUUUAUAAACAUUAUAGAAAUCAAACGUCUCCAAUGUUUGUUUUAUGAUCUAUACAGACUUUUGUAAUUGUAAAUAUUUAUAUCAUAUCAUUCUCUUUUGAAAUUUCUAAAUUAAAACAUUUCUCUGUAUU